AUGAUCUACGCGUUUGUUCGUGUUCGAGACUUCAAAAGAGCGUUCUUUUACCACAAGAUGAUGGUUAAAAACGGUCAAGUACCUGACCCGAGGUCCUACGAGAAGCUUAGAGCGAUUCUUGAAGACAAGGCAAAGACAAAGAACAGAGAGGAUAAGAGUGCUAUACUUGGUAUAAUCAAUAGCAAAUUCGGUCGGGUUAACGCUAAGCCGAGAGGCAAGAAAGACGAGUUUUGGAAAUACAAGAGGAACAGAGAAUCUUAUAAACCUGAUCCUCAACGAUCUUGA